UGAAGGGUGAAUAUUUCUGAAUGUUCAUGGAAAAUGUAACACAGUAAAACUGCAUUAUGCAAGAAAUAUCACAUUCACGUUUCCCGUCCGACAAGAUAUUUUACACUUGACUGAAUGUCACACGGUGUGCGUGUGUGUGCAGUGCAGGUGUGUGUGUGGUCAUAAAUGCAAUGGGGGUGCAUUUAUGACCACACACACCAUGGAAAAAUGCCAAACAUGACUGAAUACACUGGAUAUGCUUUGCAUUUUGAAACCUUGCAGCUGUUUUUCUCUUUUUUUUUUCUCCUGCAGCGUGUAAAGCCUGGACACGGCAGACAGAGCUACGGACCCCCCCGAGCCACAGGUACAACAGGAGAGGCAGUGGCCGUUGCUCUGCACAGCCUCAAUACCCUCUGUGCACAGAUGAUGACUGGCACACCACGUGCCCGUCGGGAUGCAGGCUGCAGGGCCUCAUCGGUGAUGUAGAGGGGGAGCUCCUCGACCGUUUCGGGAGAAUCUGCGACCGCAUGAGAGAGAGGCGGAAUGAACUGAAGUCAACCGUGCUGAUGACCGCGCAGAUUUAUAAAGCCAACAGGAAGACCAUAGUUAGGAAUUAUGUUGAUGAGACUAAAUACCUGGAGCUCAUGGAGGAACUGCAGAAUAAACUGACAUCCCUGAAGAUGCGCACAGUCACCCUCUCAGAGAAGCUGAAGUCCCAACACAGCAAAAUAAAGCAGCAGAUGGCAGACAUUUACAAAACUGAGGUGGACAUUGAGAUCAAAAUCCGAUCUUGUCAAGGGUCAUGCAAAAAAGCUGUGGCCUACUGGAGCGACCGGGAGAGCUAUGAGUCACUGGAGAAAGAACUGGGUGAAUUUGAUCGGAUCUCUCAGCAGACUGAACAACUUGCCGAAGACAUCGGAACCAUCAGAACGAAACCCUUGACUGAGGACCCCCCAAUAUUCCGUUCAUACAAGAGGCUUCCGUUUGUCGAACAAGAACCUCUAACGCAUUUUGAAGACAUAGAACAAUAUCAAAUUGAAAUCGAAAACGUGGCAAAAAAAUGAAAUCAAAACAUGCAAAACAUCUAAAUAGAUAUAUAAUAUAUAAUAUAUAUAUUUCAGAUGGAUAUUGCUUAUUCUAAAUUUCCUUGUGUGCAUUAGCAUGUCUAAUAUGGUCAUUACACUCCUGAGAAUUCACAUAUCUGUUGCAUAAAAAAGUAACAUUAUUUAACAGCAAAGGGAUAAGGAGGCUAUUUAUUUGACAACCUGGAAUGUUUGUGUUAUUUUAUGGUGGACAGAAGUGGAAGGUCAUGAUGGUAAAUAAAAUUAU